UUUAGUUUAUAAAUACUCAUAUUUAGUUUAAAAUAUAAAAAAUUUGCUUGAGUUAGUUUGAUUUAUAUCAAUAUAUGCCUCUUAAAUUUAGCCCGGAUCUCAAAAAAUUCAAAAACCCUCCACUUUACUUUUAAUUUCCCCUUGAGCCUUGACCCACUCACUAUCAGUCUCUCACCAAGAACCCAAGUUCCAUUUUCCCCUCCGCCUCUUCUUCUUUUUUUGCUGCCAGACCUCCAUUCCCAAAUUGAAAGCGUGGCCGCUGCACCCACCUCUUGCCUUGCUCACCCCUGCAUGUCCAUCAACCUCCCCGUCGGAGCAGAGAGAAGCGACGACCAGAGACCCCCUUUCUGCCCAUAUUUCAAUCGAUAUGAUUCUCUGAUAUGCUCAGCUCGGCGAUUGGCGAUUACUGGUGAAGAAGCUUGGUGGCGUCGAGUUUAUACGAAGAAGAAGAGGUGUGAGAUUAUCGUCGUCAACGAUCGGGUAAACAUGAGGAAAAGAAGGAAUGCUGUAGCUAGUACUAGGGCUUAUACCUUCUGGGAUUCCAAGCAUGAUGGUCCCUUUCUUCAAUGCCUUCAAGAGUUAACAGACAAGGGGCAAAUAGAGGAUGGUACGUGCAAAAAUGGUGUGUUUAAGGAGAUCGAGAGGAUGAUGGAAAAGCUUGUACCAGGAUGUGGUUUGAGGGCAAAGGGAGCUAUUAAAACUAGGAUUAAGAAGCUGAAGCAUUGGUAUCACAGCACUGUUAUGAUGCGGGUUCAGAGCGGUUUUGGGUGGAACGAGGUGGGCUCAUAUGUUGAUGCAUCUGAUGAGACAUGGGACCACUUUUUGAAGAGCCAUAGUGACUGCAAGACCUACAAACGCGUCCCAUUCCCGCAGUUCUUUGAUCUGGGGACAGUAUUCGGGAAAGGUCGUGCCACUGGUGAUAAUGGAUUUUCUGGUAAUGAUCCCAUCAUAGAGGAAGUAGAGGAUGAUAGCUCAGAUGAGGAUGACAGCCCGCCGUAUCCUUUGGACCAAAUGAAUAGUGCGAAUAUGGAUGAAGCAAUGCUGAAUAUGAUUAAUGAUGGGGUGGAAAUUCGAUUGAACAAGAAGCGGUCGAAUGCAUCUGCAGAGGCUGGUCCUUCUCAGAAGAAGAAGAAGAAGCAAAAAGUACAAAAUGAAGACCCAAUGGCUGAGGUUUGUGCUGAAUUGAGAGGAUUGACGCCUCUUAUUAGAGAGUCUGCGGACACUAUUGCACGGGCACUGGGAGAGAGUCAGGAUUACAAUACUAUGCGCCAGGAUUUGUUGAAGAACUUGGAAAAAAUGGAGGGACUCACCAGGAUUCAAAUGAUAAUAGCCGUGAGUAAGCUUUCCAACAGUCCUGGUGAUCUAAAGGUCUUCUAUCAGCUGGAGAAGGAAGAAGACAAGCUGACACUAGUUCUUAACCUCAUAAAAGAUGAAUGAGGGGUAGUUUCCACUACCUAUGUAGCUACUGCAGUAUGAUAUAUUAGGUGUAAUGUUGUCUAUUUUGCAAAGAGGCUUGUGUUUUUGUCUAUCUGUCAUUGAGAAGCACACUCAAUGACAGUCUUUGCAAAAUGUAGGGCAGCCUGUUCUUUUGUAAA